CUCUCUCUCUCUCUCUCCCUAUUCGUAUAUAAAACACAAUGCAUAUUAGAGGGAAAGUCAUGGUUUGAAGGGUCGAAACUUCACAGUUUCGUAUUCGUAUUCGUAUAUUUGUAUUUCUUUUAAAGACUUUGUAUUUGUAUAUAUGUAAAAUUGUUGAGUGCUGAAAACAACGACACUCAAUCUGUUGCUUCAUUCCAAAACAGAGAAGAAAGAAAACCCACAUACAAAGAUAGGGACAGAAGGUGAGAGAGAAAGAGAGGCAACUUUCUUAGCUUCAAGAUAUUUGAUCCCCUUCUUGUAAACUUUCUUAGCUUCAAGAUAUUUGAUCCCCUUCUUGCUUUGGAUUCAUUUUCUUUCUUUUCAACAGAGUACUUUAGUUUGUUGGGGGCUUGGUAUUUGAGGAUGGGUGAUCACUUUGUAUUGCUGGUUGAUCGUUUGCUCACUGAAUCGACUUUGGAAGCUGCAAUCGAGAGCUUGAACUUGUCAAAGCAGACAACAACCUUAGGAACUGAUGACAUCAAAAUUGAUAUCUCUUCACGUGACAUACAUCCAAUAGAUUGUUCAAUCCCAAGGAAGAUUGUAGAAUGCAGGAUAUGCCAGGAUGAGGAUGAAGAUUCAAAUAUGGAGACACCCUGCUCUUGCUGUGGCAGCUUGAAGUAUGCUCAUCGCAGAUGCAUACAAAGAUGGUGUAACGAGAAGGGCGACACUGUAUGUGAGAUAUGUCACCAGCCAUUCAAACCAGGCUAUACGGCACCUCCUCCUAUGUUUCAACUUGGGAGUAUUCCGAUGAACUUUAGAGGAAAUUGGGAGAUCUCCAGAAGGGACCUGAAUAACCCUCACUUUGUAGCUAUGGUGACAACUGAACCUAAUUUUGUUGAUCCAGACUAUGAUGAGUAUGCAGCUUCUGAAUCAAGAAGCUUGUUCUGCUGUCGUUCUGUUGCUGCAAUUUUCAUGGUUCUUCUGAUCUUACGGCAUACUCUUCCCAUACUAGUUAAUGGAGCACAGGACUAUUCUUUCCCAUUGUUCUUGUUGUUGCUUUUGCGAACUACUGGAAUUAUUGUGCCAAUAUACAUUAUGGUGAAGACAGUGAAUGCCAUCAAACGUUGCCAAAGCCAACGGAGGUCUCCAAACAUAUCAGAUACUUCGUCUGGCGAGGAAGCCGGAGAUACUUCAUCUGACGAGGAAGCCAGACCUCCUACUCUGCGGCAUCUGCCUCAAGUCAUUCGUGUGCACUAAAUUCGGUGUUUGCUACUGCAAUUUGAUGAACACCACAUUCGGAAUCUUGAAAAAGUUGACUUUGUACAUAUCGUCAUCUGUUUAUCUUUAUGAUGGAAAGGGGAAAGAGAAUUUGAAAGUGGUGCUACCCCCAUUUCAAGCACCCUUUAAGUUCCCAGUUAUACCAUAGGUUCCUAAAUGCAGUGUUUUUUUUUCUUCUUUUUCUCAUUGGAUUGUGCAGAUUGUUACUGCACCUUCUGAAAAAUAUAUGUACAGUCCAAAUAUAUCCCACGGUAUAUAUAUAAGAAUUUAUAAUUAUUACAAGAAAAUAAAAGAAGCAUUAAAAUAUACUUUUUGUCU